AAAAUAUAUUUUCUCAUAAUUUCGAAUAAUUUAUUCGAAUUUGAAAUGACCAACGUCUCAAUAAUUUCCGACUUGGAGGAGAAAUCAGCAAAAGCAAAAUUGCCAGACCUAUUCAAAUUAGUUGAUAAUGAGAAACGAAAUUUGAUUAAACUCUUAAAAGAUGCUGUGUUAAUACCGUCAAUAGCUCAUGAACAAGAACAUUUUUCAGAUAUUCUCGAAAUGAUUAAUUUCUUUAAAAAGGAACUAACGUCUCUGGGUGCAAAAGUUCAUUUAAUCAAUGUUAAACAAGAAAAUGAAAAACUACCUCCUGUUUUAUUUGCAACUUUAAUUGCCGAUGAUCUUGUAAUUCAUAAAACAAUUUGUGUCUAUGGAUCUGUUGGUUAGAUUUGAAAAAAAUAUAUAUUUUCGAAAAAAAUAAAAACGAGAUAUAACAGCAAUAUUUGUUUAUUUUAAAUAGAUAUAUCAUAUUUAAAAAAAUCUAAAGAAUCAAAUUCAUUUCAAUUAAAUGAAAAAAAUGAGAGACUAUAUGGAUGUGGAGUA